AUUCCCUCAAGUCCAUUUGACGUAAGACUUAAAAACAAUCUCGCACGACUCUUAGCACUUCCGUUUCAUCAUGUUUAUUGGCUUUGACGUGCCACCGGAUUCGACUGUGGUGAAUUGGGAAGAAAUCCGAAACUACGGAUUGAUGAACAUCAGUCCACACCCUUCCAGGAGCCAGAAGACGCGCUUUCGUCUUCUCGCUGGCGGUAUGGUCAUCAUGACACUGUUAUAUACAAUAAACUUGUUCAAAGCCAUGAUCGAUAAACAACUCUGGUUCUUCAAGACUGAUAAAUUAGGAUAUUGUCGACCGAAUAUCCAUACUCUCUUACCACUGUUGUCUUGUAUCGAGUGUAUGCUCGUCUUCGUCUCUAUCGUUUUGUUAGAAAGGGAUUACCAGGGCUAUUUACAUGUGUCCACGGUUUUUACCCUUCUUCUCUCAUAUACUUUUUUACAUUUUGGCAUUGUGACCCGUACUUGGAGAAUUUUGGCAAGUUUGCCUAGGACCUCAAUUGAGCUCGGUGAUAAUCAAGCGGAUCACCGGUCAUCGAUAUCACCCCGCAAGUUCAACACUCUGAUAUGCCUACUAUAUUUUUCAUUUCCUGUGGUCUUUAUUCCACUACAUAUUUGGAUGUCUUUAAAUUCCUCCAAGGUCGGAAGACUAUGGUUUCAAGUCAUGCCUGUUUUGGACAACCUAAUUCUCUUCAAUGAAGGCACGAUGAGUCAAUCUCAGAUUCAAGAGCUCAGUGGAACUGCUGAAGGAAUGCUUAACACAGUACAAAAUCCUUACAUCCUCGCUAUCCUCUUGUGGCGUAUUGCUAGUGGUAUCUACAUGUUAUUCAUCACGGCUGAGAUAGCUGUUUUCACUUACGCGUCUAUCAGGCUUUUGAAGGCCUUGGGGAAACGACUUCGGGUAAUUAGUCAUGCCAAGGCUAACGCCGCUCAACUAGCAACCAUCGAUAUUCACAUGCAAGCGAGCCUCGUCAACAUCACAGAGGUUUCACAUCAAACUUUGGAUCCCAGUCAUCCAAAAAAAACAGCGGCUUGGUGGUGGAUGUGGCUUACUUCGAAUGAUGACAUUGAGCCGAGCGUGUGGAAUGAUAUGGAUAACGUGGUAUUCAGCGAAGUGAGGUAUCUAGAGGAGAAUUAUGGGACCAUAAAUCGCUAUCGUCAUGUGAUUCUUUUUCAGUUGAUUCUUUGUGGUAUAGUGAAGGUGUCAUUUUGGAUCCUGGGCGCUCUGGUUGCUUUCAAUGUAUUUGAAGCUGUGUACGAAACUCCUGCAAUAGAUAUUUUGUUGAUUGUCUAUGAAUGGUCUAACUGGACUUGGGGAGCUCCCGGUAUUUUACUUGCACUAACCACAACCUUGAGCAAUUUCAUGCCAUCCCUUAGCGGAAACCUCAAAAGGAGUAUAUUGAAAAGAGAUCAUCAAAACUCAUCACAGGUACCACCAGAAACCUUAUCGCGGGGAUUCCAACUUAGUCACAUCAAACAAUCGAUUCAAAAAGGGUUCCAACACUUUUCUUACCGAAUGAUUUCCAUAGCCUCCUUAUUCAGAUCUCGCUCAAAUGAACGUGAAGUUCGACACGAAGGGCCGAUUGUCAUUGAUUUUUCAAACCUGAGAUAUCAUGAGAGUCUAAGAACGGUCGAUCUCAUCAAACUCAAAUCAUAUCCUUUCGAUGAAAAGAUUGAUCCUAACUCCCGAGAUACAACUGAUUUGGAUGUUAUCAAAGCCUUACGAGCUCAGGAUGGCCAAGGUGUGGUACAUGAGAUUGACCCUUAAAAUGGACAUCAAGGUCCCUCUCAAAGUUCUAAAGAAGGGUUAUCAUCAACGUGUGUCAUGUGUGAGAAGUAUCAGACCGAUCAGAUUGCUUUAGGUUACCAGAUGGUAUUUAAUCGUGACUCAGUCUAUUUGCUUAACAUCAAAGUCAGCUGCCUGGAAUCUUUUAAAUUACUUUUGUUGUCUUUGUUGUACAAGUAAACUCAAUGUAGUAUUAGAUCUAUAAAUUCAUUUGGUAAGUCAACCAGUGAGGAAAAAUGACUCAGGAAAAGAUGCAGUCUCAGAGCAAUAACUAUCGCAAAUGACGAGGUAGACUUUCACGUGAAAGCACGAGACUUUUGGUGAUCACAAAGAUUGGAGAUCUUAGGAAAGUAUGCGCAAGAGUUCAAAUGGGGAGACCGCGUCUUUGUCAAUGUUUUGUAGUCCACAAGCGCAUGUUUGCCAAUGAAUUAUCGAUCACAAGGAGCUAGACAAAACAAAACAAAAACUUGAACUAACUUAUAGGC